AUGUCUGUAAAUAAUACAAUAUCAAUAAUUCAAUAUAAUAUUAAUCGUUAUAUUUGUCCAAUUCUAUUAAUAUUUGGUAUCAUUGGUUGUCUACUCAAUAUUUUACUUUUUUCACGAAAACGAUUUCGAACAAUUUCUUGUUGUACAUAUUUUCUUAGUGCAUCAGUACCAAUGAUGAUCUUAGUAUUUAUCGGAUAUGUACCGUAUAGUUAUGCAGCAUAUCAUCCUAAUCCACAGAAUAAAAAUCAUCUAUUUUGUAAAUUACGAGGUUAUAUGGGUCAAUCAUUUCAAUUGAUGUAUCGAUGGAUAAUGACUAUAGCUUGUAUUGAUCGAUAUAUGGUUUCAUCAACGAAUCUUUAUCUACGAAAGUUUUCAAAUCCACGUAUAGCGUAUUCUAUUGUAAUUAAAAUAAUGAUUCUUUCUAUUAUAUUACCUUUAUAUAAUUUAAUAUUCUUAAAUGUUGGAAUAGGUUGGUGUUUAUAUUCUAAAGCUGUUUAUGCAUUCUAUCACAGUUUAUUUACUUUUAUUCUUAUUGGUUUUCUUCCUAUUAUGAUUAUGGUUAUAUGUACUUUUCUUAUCCAUGAUAAUUUAAGAUUGAAACGAAUACGUCGUCGAGAUUAUUAUCAUUAUCAAGAUGAUCAUUUAACAAGUCGAUUACUUAGUACUCGUGAUAAUCAAGUGUUAUUGAUGUUAUUCAUUCAAGUUAUCUUUUAUAUUAUUUCCACAAUACCUUGGAUGAUUGUAUUAUUAUAUGCGCCAUAUGCUUACAAUAUAAAAAAUAAAUCAAUAGAUCGAUUAAUGAUUGAAAUAUUUAUUGGAUAUUUGACUGAAUUAAAUGUUUAUUUAUAUCCAACAUUAUCAUUUUAUAUUUAUACAUUAACAUCAAAAACCUUUCGUCGUGAACUUUUUACUAUAAUAUAUACAUUACUAACACGUAGAAAUCAUUCACAAAAUGAAUUCACAUCUUCAAUGAUGAAUAUAAGAAUUGAACGAGGAAAUAGACUUUUACAAUUGGAUAAUUUUCAUAAUUUCCCGUCAACAGAAAUAGAUACAUCUUUGAAUUUGUUUUACAGACAUGAUUCGCUAAAUGAAUAUCAAGAAUUAAAACCUUUAAAUUCAAAUUUAUCCCCUACAGCAUUACUAUCCGCACCUCACACUACAUAG